AUGAAUGGUUCCAGUACGAGGGGACUCAGCGUCAUCCCGGGCUCUUUUCAUGGCCCUCUUGUCUUUUCGGAUGUGCCUCUGAGCUUCAUGAUGGGUGUGGACCCAAAAACCGGCGUUGUUGUCGACGCCCAUCAUCCACUUCUUGGCACGUCAGUGAAGGGCAAGGUCCUGGCCAUCCCCUGCGGUCGGGGUUCCUGUUCCGGCAGUGGGGCGCUCCUUGAGCUCAUCCUCACCGGCAAUGCACCAUCAGCUUUGAUAUUUCAGGAGCCUGAGAUGAUCUUGACUUUAGGUGUAAUGGUCGCUGACACCAUGUUCGACCGCCGCAUACCCGUUAUCUUCUUGCAAGGUAAAAAGGACUUCGAGAAGUUGCGUUGGGCAUCAGAGGUAGACAUCAGCGACAAGCAGUUGUUAAUCCUGCCAAACCAGGUGGCUCUACCUCUUGACCCCCGGAGCACUAGAGGUAUCAGCCUAAGUACGUCCGAUGAGAAGGUUCUUUCCGGUCGGGGAGGAGAGGCAAGCCGCAUCGCGAUGGAAAUCAUCGUCGCCUUUGCCGCUUUGCAAGGAGCGAAAUGUCUCGUGGACGUAUCACAAGUUCACAUUGAUGCGUGUGCCUACAACGGAAAGAGCAGUCUUCAUGUACCGGAGCACCUUUUAUCACUCGGUGGACAGUUUGUGGUGCCUUCAACUUGCAACUCACUGAACGUCGACCGACUUCGAUGGAAGGAGCUUGGCACCGAUUCAGAAGCAGUCAUCAUAGGAGAUAAGAUCGGGGAGGCUUAUCUCAAGCUCGGGGCCAAGCUCAGCUUUACCUGUGCCCCCUACCUCCUCGACAGCAAGCCCAAAGCCGGAGAGCAAGUCGGUUGGUCUGAGUCAAAUGCUGUUGUGUUUGUGAACAGCGUCCUCGGAGCACAUACGCAAAAGUACCCGGACUACCUCGACGUCUUCAUCGCCUUGACCGGCAGGGCACCGUAUGCAGGUUGCCAUACUCCGGAGGGAAGGAAGCCAAAGAUCAUCAUCGAAGUGCCUCAACUUCCCGGACGUGACCAGUCACUGUUCCCGCUUCUUGGAUACUACAUCGGCGACAUCGUUGGCGGAAAGAUACCCUUCAUCGUCGGCAUGGAAAAGACGAACACUACGGGCCUGGGAUAG